CCAGGGCUUGGCAGAUCCCAGGCACCAGGGAGGCACAUGACUGUGGCGCCUAGACUAGGAUAUUCAGAGGCGGAGUUAUUUAAUGGAGUCCUCAUUUGUUCCUGCAUAAGAAUUCAGCUGUCCUAGUUCCCCCAGCGGUAAAGCCUUCGGAGGCAGUCGAAAGCAAAAGACACCUUGCCUGCAGGAGAGGACAGGAUGAGGCCCUUCCUGGGUCAGCAACAGCAUCGCUGAAAUCAACACCUCCCAGAAAGCAACAACAACCCAAAACAGGCUCCAUCGAUCUUCGGCUUCAAAGGAGAGGGCUUAACCUACAAUGGCGAUUUCUUGUCAAGGAUCUCCUCCAUGUGGGCGACAAAGUAUUUGUAAGCAAGGCCAGUGAGGCUCCAGUCCUAGGCAGACACAGAAGGGGAAUCAGCCCCCAGCACUUCACAGAACUCCUCCCUCUCUUUUAUUAUUGGAGACUAGCCAUUGCAAGAGUAGAGGUGACUUUUAUACACAGCAGGCUUUAUCGCGGGUUUACUGGGAGGCUUUACUGCGAACUCAAAGUUGUCUCCCAAACCCGAUGCAAAUAAUGGAUUUCUUUUAACCUGGAUAUAAAUCAGGCUACAUGCUAACACUCUGUGAAAAACCCGAAUUGUGUGUGAACUGCUUCCUGACUUCGGAGAAAACCUGGCCAAUUUGCGAAUGCACCCCCUCCAUUCUGGAGGAGAUAAACCAGCAGGCAGAAGACAGACAGCACAGCAGUCUGGAACCAGAAGAGAUCUGUCAGCCAGCAGUUCUGCUUCAGAGUUCAGAAGCUGGAGGGACUGCAAGAUGCGUUUCCACUUUCUUGGGAUUCUUCUGCUUUUUCUGCACACUGCUCAUUCACAGGGAGAUACAGAAAUACCACAACAGUUAACCCAGGUGUGGGCAUCUCCUGGAGAGACCAGAAAUAUCACCUGUGACCUUCCAGAUGGAGAUGCUGUGUGGAAAACGAUGUGGUACAAAGAGGAGCAGGAUGGAAGCCUGCACAUGAUUGAACCAAGUUAUGAGGAGAUAAAAGCAGGAGCAAAGGUCCGUAAAGCCAUUCUGACCCUCAGGAAUAUACAAAGAAAACACUCUGGGAUUUAUUAUUGUGCCACAAUAAUCAAUAAAACACCCAGAAUCCUGAAAGGGACGAGGCUCAUCAUCAGAGGAAUCCCUAGCCUCUCCAUCCUGGCACCUUCCUCCUUGGAGGGGGCUCCAUUUAAUCACAGUAUCCCCCUGCUCUGCCUUGUCUUUGAUGCACACCCUGACUGGGAUGAAGUAUCCUGGAAUAUCAAUGGGGAGAGAACUCGGGACCAGAAGGACGCUGACAUGGUCGAUGGAGAAGGAGUCUUCAGCAUUUGGAGUUUGAAGUUGAUGCCUCCAGAGUUCUGGACCGAAGGGAUUUCUUACUCCUGCUCCAACCAAGAGAACAGAAACAUCAGUGCUGUGGUACCCACAAACACAGUGCCCACAGACACAGGAAACUGCACCCCCAUUUUGUAUAUUGGGCUACCCUCUAUUCUCAUCCUCCUAUUGAGCAUCACAGCCAUGGUCUUCAUCUUCAGAAAGCAUCUUGCCAAAGGGAAUGGAGAAAAGACAGACACCCGGAUACCUAUGGCAGAGGCCCCACAGACCGAUUAUGCGGAACUCCGUUGCAGGAACUGAAAUGUGGGCGAAAGGGAUGGAUACCGUCUAUGGGCUGAAGUACAUGUUGCUUUUAAAAGAAGGAAAGACACAAGGAAGAAAAGCAAAGUCCAGAGUUGGUUGUCAUUUUCAGCAUGCUAAAUGUUGAUGCUUGUAUUAAACACAAACUUUUCUGUA